UUUGACCUUGUUAUGAAAAAAAUAUACAAUACAUUAUGUAAAAUGCAUAUGCAUAUAAUGUAUAAAAGCAUAUAAAUAUAUUUUGACCUUGUUAUGGUAAGUCACUUGUGUUUAAGUUUAAUGGAUUAACCAUAUAAAAACUUUAUAGAAUAUUACACAAAUAUAAUAACAAAUAAAUAAAAGUUUACCUUGAAAAUAUGUCUGAAAACUAAAUAAAUGCACGAUAAAGCUGAAUACAGCCAAGGUACAAUUACAUUUUCAUUACAUUACAAGCUUCAUUACAUUUUAAAAAGUACAUAAAACAAACUUACUGUAUAUAUAAAUCAACGCCUAUGGUUUUUAAAUUUGUUAUUUUUAAACCAACAUGCACACAAAUACUGAUUUACUUGGCACAUCCGGUUUAAAGUUGGUUUUAAAAGAUGUUAUUUUUUAUCAUAACAGACAUAACUGAUGCAUAAAUACCUUUGUUUGUUAGCCUACAAGAACAUACUACAAAGCAUUUCUACAGAAGAUUUUGCAGUCUAAUGAAGUUCCUGAGUUGUUUUCCCUCUUUUGCAUAAUGUUCUUCUGCUGCAUUGAUGUUUGGCUGGUCAAACUGUAGUCAUCAUCAUCAUCAUCAUCAUAACAGUUCAGUCGCGCGCUCGCAGGAAACCGCCUCGCCUGUCUCCUUGACACACCCUUAGCUAUUGUUGGCACAGUAUGCGCGCGACAACCUUGACAUUCCCACACGCGCGUUCAGUUGCACGGUGAAAUCGUGUGCUACGUGGAUGCAUCCUCUUUCUCAGGAAAAGGGAAAGAAGAACAAGCGGCUACUGCGGAAAAAGGGGAAGAUGCACAAACGCCGAACAGAGUGCAGGUAAACACACACGCACGGCCAUCGCGCAUCCCCAUAUAGAUGCCCACAGUACCGUGCGCGCAGACACACUCCGCUCAUCCACCUGUAAUGACAGAUCGCUGCUCAAAGCCGUGCAUUGUCCCGGGAAACGGCGAGGAAAGUACGCUUCAUGUGAGAGAUGACUGAGUGAGUUGCGCGGAUGUUGGAGACAUGGAGAAACGGGCUCUUGUAACGGCGAUCAGCUUGUCCAUGAGCCUGCUCGCGCUCAUGCUGCUGGUCACGGCGAUCUUUACCGACCACUGGUACGAAACCGACACCAGGAGACACAAGGAGAACUGCGACCAAUACGGGUCGGAGUCCAACGACCAGAAGAACAGGGAGAUGCCCAUCUAUCACCUGCCUUUGGUGGACAGCGGGAAUGCGAAGCGCAACCUGGCUCUCAUGAAGCCCAUCCAUGUAGGGAGUCGAGAGGAGGAACUGCUGGAGAACUGGAGAGCGAUUUUGGGCAUGGGCAUUUUGGAGACGGAGUGCGGGCGUCCGCUUUUCUCCACCUAUUCUGGACUUUGGAGGAAAUGCUACUUCCAGGGAAUGGACAGGGAUAUUGACAAACUCAUUUCGAAGGGUAUUGCAGACCGAUGCACAUCUGUCAAGUACCAUUUCUCCCAACCCAUUAGACUCAGGAACAUCCCUCUCAACCUGACAAGGACCAUACAGCAGGACGAGUGGCACCUCUUACAUCUGCGGCGCAUCACGGCGGGGUUCUUGGGCAUGGCUGCUGCCGUGAUGCUGUGUGGAAGCAUUGUGGCCGCCGUGGGAUUUUUCUGGGAGGAGAGCCUCACCCAGCAUGUGUCUGGACUCCUCUUCCUUAUGGCAGGAAUCUUUUGCACAAUCUCACUGUGCACCUACGCAGCCAGUGUCUCAUACGACCUAUCCAGAAACCCCCCUUUCAUCUACGGUCUGCCCAGUGAUGUAGAUCACGGGUAUGGAUGGUCCAUCUUCUGCGCAUGGGUCAGUCUGGGCCUCACAGUGGCAUCAGGUUGCAUCUGCACAACUUAUCCAUUCGUGAGCCGCACAAAGGCUCUUCGCUCCAAAACGGCAAGGGAGUCGUCUGUAUGAGCGCCCCCCUGGUGGCCUGGAGUACUCAGCAAAUCAUUAAUCAGCACUUGGCGCUUUAGUAAGAUGGAUUCAAGUGGGACUUCAUGCUGUAUGGAGCUGUUUUGAAUGUCUUGUAGAUUUCAGAUACCUUCGUUGGGCUCAUGAGAUGUAUCGGUGUUAAACAGAACGAAAACUGUUUCAUUUCCUGUGUGUCUUCUACACACAUUUGCUUACAUACACACACACACACACACACACACAC